AUGGCUGAACAAGGUCUCUUCUCGUCCGACUUGAUCUCCCCCGCCGUUUCUGCUGCCCUCCCAGAAGGCUACACAGCUCGUUCCCUGCGAUUGUCCGACUACGAUGCGGGUUUCCUCGACUGCCUACGCGUUCUAACCACGGUUGGUGAAAUUAGCCAGGAGCAGUUUGCCGAGAGAUACCAAUGGAUGUCGUCGCAAGACACGUACUACGUCCUUGUUAUUGAGGAUACUUCGAGGGGGAAAAUCGUAGGGACCGGAGCUCUACUUGUAGAAAGAAAAUUCAUUCAUAGCCUUGGCUUAGUCGGCCAUAUCGAGGAUAUCGCCGUAGCCAAGGAUCAACAAGGCAAAAAGCUUGGCCUUCGUUUAAUCCAAGCCCUCGACUUCAUCGCCGAGAAGGUCGGCUGUUAUAAGACCAUCCUCGACUGCAGCGAAGCAAACGAAGGGUUCUACGUAAAAUGCGGAUUCCGAAGGGCCGGAUUAGAAAUGGCCCAUUACUAUAACAACGAUAAGAGUAAGGCCUAG